AUGUUGAAGGAAGCGACGGAAGACCCGACUCCCAAAAAGCCUCUUGAAAGUCCGAUCAAAUUGUCCAACACUCGACCGGGUCCUUUGAUCUUCGAGACAGAGCACGCAGACUCUCGUCACAGGCGCAGGUCGAUUGCUUCUUCUCUCUCGGACUAUCCUUCGCUUGUUUCAAGCCCCGAGAGGCGUGAGCCGCACGGAUCCUCAUCUAACGGAACUCCUUUACUUCUCGAAACUCCCCCACCCUUCCAGGCAGGCUACCAGUCAUCUGAUCCUGUAGCGCCUGGCAGCGACCAUACGUUGCGAGAAGACCGCCUCUUCCGCCUUGACAGUCAGAAGGCUUCUCCGCAUACGGAUUUCGUUCACAACCGAAACCUCAGCCUUCCCUUGCAGCGCUUCAUCAGUGAAAGGCUAGAGUUAACCUUUGGAAACGAGAGCGGCAGGGAACCUGAAAGCACUGCAACAACCGAAAGACCCACAGAAGUGUUUCCCAGCCUUCACUCUAGCCCGAGAAAAUCCUCUUUACCGCCUCAAGCUGGUAAAUCUUCGACCUCGACCAAAAGCACGCGACGUUCUGCCACUCAGUCACCCGAGGUCACUCGUGAAGGGAGCUUCAACCAGGGGACAGAUGGCAUCGCAAAGACGCUGCGUGAAGCUUGGGAGCAUACUAAAAACGCUAGCUCAACAGCAUCAGUCCAGAAGGUUCCGGCAGCGCCCCUGGAAAAUUCGUCCACGAUGCGUCUGAAGAGACAAUUGACUUCACAUCCUAGUCUCGAGAGCAUCGGAGCGUACCGAUCGGAGGCUCGAUCUAACGAUGAGUCUUCAUCCAUCCCAGCCUUCCUCAAGACUGCGUCGCGGACCUCAACCCCAACCCCGCAGAUGAGAAAGCCCAAGGACCAUUUGGAUGAAAAGAUUUCCUCUAUCCUAACUGCCCUCGAUGCGCAGAUCCACCUCGUGUCCGCGGACACCCAUGAGCACGAUGGACAUUCGACAUCAUCUUACCCACUGAAACAAAGGGAGCGCUUUCGCUCUGUCUCUCCUCACGGCUCGCCAGCUCGUAGUAGCACACCUACUCCAUCGUUGACCAUCACCCCCGCCGUUUCCCGCCGGCGCUAUUCCCAUGCGCACGCUCCAGAAGAGAGUUCCGUGAAGCUCUACCAUCUGCACCGAGGUGGCAAGUCUGCCCCCACGAAGUUGUUCGUCCGGUCAGUGGGCGAGAACGGCGAGCGCGUCAUGGUUCGCGUCGGUGGUGGGUGGGCAGAUCUCGCAGAGUACCUGAGAGAAUUCGCCGUCCAUCACGGACGCCGACAUGUUUCGGACACGCCUUUGGUAGAGGUGCAGGGGCUUUCCCGCACCUCGCCCCCGUCUCCACCUAGAAAUAGAUUGGCACCCACUGCCAGCGGACGGAGAACCCCGUCACGACCGCCCUCCGUCAUCAGUAACCGGCCAGGGUCAUCUUUGGCUGUUCGCAAAACCCGGCGGACCUCUAACGUGUCGGAUAUGACCGAGUUCCGCACAUGCAACCCUGGCGACACGCUGAGCACUUCGUAUUCACCCAUGUCAACCGUAUCCUCGCGCCGUCGACUGUCAACGUCGUCCAACGCCUCGAUGGGCGCGUCCUCGGCAAGCGAGUUCCGGCAUGGGUCUUCGUAUUCGCCCACGAACACCGCCGCGGGCAGUGCCAGCCACACGGUUCCUCUCGGCCUUGCAGGGCCGCGUCCCAGGCACGUCUCGAUCAGCGCCGAGAGCGAGGCAUGGGUGGAAGACGUACUCGGACAAGCUCGAAGGAGCUCGUCCCUGCGGCCGUACACCUACGGCCUCGCGCCGCAAGAGCCAGAGCCCGCUCCCGAAAAGGCGCUCACUCCUCCCGUGAUCUCGAAAUCACGGAGUAUCAGCGAUCUGGGCACCGUCGGCUCCAGCCGACGCAUCGCUCUGCGCGGACUUGGAAGACGUUAA